AGGAGACAGGGAAGGGAAUAUUUAUACAACACAACAACAACAACUGUUUUUUAUUUAGCGAAGAUAUAGAAAGCUUUAAGAAGUGGGAAGCUCUGAAAUUAACUGUGCUUCGCUGUGAUGGAUGAUCUAAAAUUAAAAUUCAAGCUUUUAAUUAACAAGCAGAACAAACUGCAAGGUCCUUGGAGAAGUACGCCAUCCUUUGAAAGCGAAUCUUCAGGGACUGAUACAACUGUAAUAACUCCAGCAAACAGGGAAAGUGUAGCGCCCACAAGUGUCCCAGAAUUCAUUGAAGGUGACAAACAACUUGACGAUCAAGACACUGAUCAAGACAUCCUUAAAUCAAUCGAACAAAUAUAUUUUGAAGAAAACGACUCCGAUCUUGCAAGAUAUGAACUAAAUAAAUUGUCUGCGACUCUACAGUGUGAUGAAAUACUGAAUAGCUUGAGGGUGUUAAAGCGCCAAAGAGGAGUUGUUUUAAAUCAAGCUCUACAAUUGAUCCUGAAACAGCAACCUUCUUGUCAAGAUGAGUUUGAAAGAAUUGUUGACAUUCAAGGCCAACUUAAAGUAGCUGUAGAGGCUUGCAAAAUGGGAAGAUCACAGCUUAAUGUUGCAAAGCAGCAGUUCACCACUGCAAGUUUAGGACUUCUGGCUAAUUACCGAAAGAGGCAAAGGGCUAUAAAUCUUCUGAAGCUAUUAUCAUCAAUAAAGACGUUGCAAUGUACCAGAGAGCAGCUGCAGGAGCUGUUACGAGAAGAGGAUUUUGCUGGAGCUAUUACCUUGCUGAUCGAAUGUCAAGGAGUUGCAAGCACUUUCAGGCACUUCAGCUGCGUUGCAGCUCUAAAUGUGCAACUCCAAGACACAUUGGAAAUGGCAGAGGAGUCUCUCGAUCAAGCACUUGCUAAGUCGUGCCUGGACUUUGACAGUGAACUCUAUUCGAAAUUGCAAGAUGCAUAUUCGUUUCUGGGGAAGAGUCAGAUAGCUGCUGACCAACUUCUGAUGCACUUCACUUCAGCUGUACACAAUGUUUCAUUUUCGACAGUUUCAAAUUUCUUGCAGUCCAACAUUUUGGGAGCUAGCAAGAAAUCAUUUCCCGAACUGUGCAGGCACAUUGGCAAGGAGAAUUUCAUACUAUGCUUGAGCGAACUGUGCAAGUCACUUUGGAGUAUUGUUUGCUGUUAUCGAGAAGUCUCAAAGUGGCACAUGCACAGGGUUCCUAGAUCUCCGAGCAAGAGGUCUGAUGACGUGGAAUCAUCAAUGGCUGCUCAGUACAUUAAACAAAAGUUAGAAACAGGCCGUGUGCGGAUUUGGCAUGAUGUUCAAAUCAAAGUUGCUGCUGUGAUAAGCUCAUGUGACCCUUCAUCAUACAAAUUUGAUGACUUUCUCAGCAUCCUCGACCUUGUCGAUCGGCUUAUUAAAAUUGGCGCAGAAUUCUGCGAAAAUGCAAGUUCUGCAGACUUGCAGGGAGCUGCUCGAAAACAGAGCCUCAGCUACCUCCAUUCAUAUCAUCAAACACGUCUUGAUGAAUUGUGCAUGUUCCUUGAAAAUGAAGGCUGGGAGCAUUGCCCUGUGAGGUCCAAUUUUACUGCUCUUCAACUUCAGGAGUUUCGGUGGGCGAUCACUUUGCCUGAUGCGAGCAAGAGUCGACUUGGUUCUUCCCUAUCGUCCAAUAGCAGUAUUGAUGGAUUUUUCUCUCGACAUCCUCGAUCCUCUAAAACGACGCCCUUUGAUCUCAAGUCUGAACAAUCCGUAGAGGAGGAUUUUUACUCAAGCAAUGGGAACUUUUCCAGUGAAGAUAGUGACGAUGAUCACGAGGAAAGGAUGGAUCAUGCGAGGGAAAAACAUUUACUUGUUGCAAACACGACAAUAUCUAUGCUUAGACUUAUAGGAAGAUAUUUGUGGAUGAUGCAUUUGUUGCAACCAAUUGCAUUGGAUAUUUUGAAACGACUUGCGCAGUUAUUCGACUUGUACCUGUUUAUUGUCCAUGAAUUUUUCGUCAGAGAAAAGCCCACAAUUAGAGAUUUUGAAUAUACUUACCAGCUCCAAUCAAAUCUGAUGAGGAUUAAGGAAAAUUUGAUUGCCAAACCAUCUGAUACUCAACUUCCAACAGACAAUACUGAAGCAAAGGUGCACCCUCCAGGCAUCUCACCAACUGUUGAUUUAGAAAACCCUGAGGAUUUGCACGGCUUGGCCAAAUGUGUUGUUGCUGUUGAGUCACUUGCGUUUUUGGCCGCUCAACUACAGAAUUUGAGGCCGCAGAUUCAAAACCUUUUGCACAACGAACAAUGGCCUGCACUUGACCAUUUUUACUCUCAAGUGGGGGUUGCGGAAGAUUUGAGAAAGCCAAUAUAUAUGAAUGUUGCUUGGCAUGCUGUGGAUUUGCGGCAACUUUUGAGCCAAAUGUCAAAAGUUAAUUGGGAAGUUCGUGACGUCAUGAGUCAGCAUAGCGCUUAUGUCGACUUUAUAUUAAGGGAGUUACAAAUAUUCAGCAUGCGUUUGGCAGAAAUAUCAAAGAGGGUGCCAAUUCCAAAAGCAACGAAAAUACUACUGUGGCAAUUCCUGUCUCAUCUUGUUUGCAAUGCUUUUGUUGAUGGUUUUUCUAGUGCAAAGAAAUGCUCUAAUGGCGGAAGAGGCUUGAUGCAAUUAGAUUUCACGCAGUUCGCGUCAAAACUUGAGAAAAUUGCGGAAGUGAGACCAAUUCCUGGGAAGGACUUUGUUGAGCAAUACAUAAAAGCAUACUACCUUCCUGAGUCAUCUCUUGAAACCUGGAUUAGAAGUCAUAAGGAGUACACUGGACGUCAGCUUUCAGCAUUAGUAAACUGCGCGUGUCAAAACAACAAACGUGUGCGGCAAAUGUUGCUCAGUGUUAUUGAAGAGCUGGGUUAUUGACAACUUUAGUUAUUUAUAUUCCAUCCUGUCAACAAUAUCCAUAUUAUUUAAGUACAUAUUACGUUAACCACUAAAUAUAUUUUGGUAUUGUUCACGA